AUGUCCAGAGCAAGAAAAAUCCCCGCAGCAGUCGCAAAAUCCAAACUUGCGAAAAUGUGGAGAGAUACGUGGGCAGACAAAUCCUUCCGGUAUAUGACUAUCGCUACCAUUGGGUUUCUGAAUGCGCUAGCGUUGAUGGUGGCUCUGUACCCAAGGACCUCUGGGCCAUGGCCUAGAGGACGGGUCUUGGACGGGACGGAGUACCAGAAUUAUGUACCUGAAGGGUAUGCCGAGCAUGGUCAUGUCAUCGCUAUUGAGCUAGGAGAAUCCUACUCGCGGGUUGCGGUUCCUACCGAAACUGGCUGUCAUAUUCUUGUCAGCGAAUACGGAGGAAGCACAACGGCGAAUUACGUUGCUUACUACAAAGAGCGGGUUCUCGUGGGAAGGGAAGCGCAAGAACACGCUCUCCAUGAUCCCGAGAAUGUCAUAUUUGAUGCUAGACGCCUCAUCGGCCGUCGGUUCUCCACCGAUUCGAGUUUACAAAGUGACAUUGACACACUCCCUUACAGAGUCAUCAACAAGUAUGACAGGCCUUAUAUCAGUAUUCAUGUCGACGGCGGAGAAAAACUCGUUACUCCAGAACAAGCCCAAGCUGAAGUCAUCAAGACGCUGAAACGUAGCGCUGAGCAGUAUGUCGGGUACGAAAUCACAAGCACCAUCGUCACAGUCCCAGCCUACUUUAAGGACGACCAGAGACAAGCAACGAAAGACGCUGUUGGUCUUGGCGGCUUGGAAGCUAUCCGUGUUAUCAAUGAGCCGACGGCGGCGGCGAUAGGCUACGAGCUUGAUCAAAAGGAACCCAAGAGUCCUGAUUACGAGGAGUUGAGCGUUGUGUACGAUGUUGGUGAGAAGAGUUUGGACGUCACCGUGAUCUCUGUGGAUCAGGGUGUUUUUGAGAUUUUAGCCAGCGCGGGGGAUAGAUCACUUGGAGGCGCGGCUUAUGAUCGGGUUUUGUUCGAUGCUAUUGUUGAGAAGUUCUCGGUUGGCAACGGUGGGAGCUUAAAGCGAGCUAUAGAGAUAAUUGAUGGACUGAAAGCCAGGGUAAGAUAUGCCGAGGGAGUCUUGGCUACCAAUGCUUCGGCCGAAAUCCAAGUUGGCGAUUUCUCCGUGGUCGUCACGCCAGAUGACUUGAAAGGCCUCUACAAAGAGAUCUUCGAAAUAAGCGUUACACACAUUGAUAAAGUCUUGCAGGAAGCCAAGCUCAACACAACCAGCAUUAAAAGCAUCAUCCUCAAAGGCGACCCCACGCACGUAGCCAAAGUCCAGCCGUUCCUCGAGGCGUACUUCGAGGACAAGCGAGUCGAGCCGGCGCCUGGGGGGUUCAAUCCCGACGAGGCUAUCAUCCGCGGAGCCGCCCAACAAGCUCGGGUGCUAUCCGGCAUUGGGGGCAGCGGACCUAUGCUGGGGAAUUUCGAGAUCACCGUCCUCUCGCUCGGGAUCGAGACUUCGAACGGCUUAUUCACCAGAAUCAUCCCUCGGAGUCAUAUGACGCCUAUUCGGAGGACAAUCAACGUCACCACGUUUCAAGACGGCCAGUCGCAGAUCCGCCUACGGAUCCUGCAAGGCGAGAGGUUGAUGGCUAUCAAUAACAGGGAAUUGGGAGUGCUGGAGAUGGGGGCUUUGCCGGAGAAACCGGCAGGUGAAGUGACUAUCGAAGUUGCGUUCGAGUACGAUGCUAACGACAUCUUGACAGUGAUUGCAAAAGAGUUCCAGGAUAAGAGGGAGAGGAGAAUUUUUAUUGAUGACCUGGGAAAGCCUGAGUACAGAGUGGCGGACAAAGCUGUUUUUGAAGCUGAAGAGCAUACUGAGGAGGACCUGGCGAGGGUGAAGAAAGCUUUGGCGGCCGAGAAGACAGGAGAAAUGGAUAUGGUAUCAUUCGGUGUUAUAUCUCUAGCGCCGGUCCAGGGCUGGCAAGUGCCUUUGCCCGAUGAGGAAGAUAGAUCGUGGUAG